AGCCGCUUCAGAAUUCUAAGAGAGCAGACCGAUCGUAUGAAGGAUUUGAUGAAGCACCUCAAGAGGGGCAAAGUUCAGAACUCUCUCAGCGACAAGGCCAUCGUAGAAGCCAAAGAAACAGGCGCUCGCCUCUUUCUGGAUAUGGACACUGCAAAGAGGAAAGAAAAGCUUGAAGGACUGGUUAGUAAAUUGAUUUUUACGGGAAAUUUUACCCAGUUUCAUUUGUUGAGUUUAGAAGGUACAGUUCUGGUGUUGAAACAGAAUUCAUACAGAGGGUCAUGUCAGGUCCACUGUCAUGUCAGAUUCACAGUCAUCUCAGGUCCACAGUCAUGUCAGGUUCACAGUCAUGUCAGGUUGUCAGUCAUGUCAGGUCCACAGCCAUGUUAGGCCGUCAGUCAUGUCAGAUCCACAGCCAUAUCAGGUCCACAGUCAUGUCAGGUUCACAGUCAUGUCAGGUUCACAGUCAUGUCAGGUCGUCAGUCAUGUCAGGUCCACAGCCAUGUUAGGUCGUCAGUCAUGUCAGAUCCACAGCCAUGUCAGGUCCACAGUCAUGUCAGGUUCACAGUCAUGUCAGGUCCAAAGUCAUCAGCCAUGUCAGGUCCACAGUCAUGUCAGGUUCACAGUCAUGUCAAGUCCACAGUCAUCAGCCAUGUCAGGUCCACAGUCAUGUCAGAUCAACAGACACUUACACAUGUCAGUUUUGAGAGUAUCAAACCAUCAAGCCAAAUGGCAACUUUUGUCACCAAUGGCUAACUUGGCUUAACAUUAAUUAGAAUCUGCCACAUAUUAAAAAAACAUAUGGCUUGCUUUUAGUGCAGUUCAAGUUGUCCAUGUUUUUCCCAUAGUUUAGUGGAGCAGUCCCUCAUCAUGUCCGUGGCUUAAGGUCCACAAUUCUGAGCCUAAUGUCAAAAACUGAGAAUUACUUUUUAAGGACUAUGCAAUUAUUGUUCAGCAUUAUAGUUAUAAAGUUAUGUCAAUUUAUUAAGCAAAGAAUGCUUGCAAGUAUCAAAUGAUUUAAAAUGUAACAUUUUCUUUAAAUUCUGUCCUGGGGAAAGAUAAAGGGCCCAAUAUGCAUCUGAGAAUUCAGUAAAAAGUCUAGUAAAGAAUCCAUUAAAGAGUCAGCUCAUGAUACUUAUUGUUCUUGUUUGACUCCAUGCUUUAUAUUUUCAGAUCAAAAGCCUUGACGAGCAGCUGAUCAUGGAGAUGCAGAACAAGGAACUGAUAGAAAAAGAGUGUGCAAAGUUGGAGGAGUCCGACAAGCUCAACUCAACCCCCAAGCACAGGGCGGAGCUCAAAGCUCUAGAGGGUAAAGCCGUCAAGUCUGGUGAAAAGCUUGACGCCAUGAGGCUCCUCAUGCUGCAGUACUGCUCGGGUCUGCAGACGUGUCUCAGCGCGACUGAUGCCAUGGAUACGGAUCAGAGAAAGGAUGUCCCACAAAGACCGCCCCCGGCCGGCAGCCCAAAAUAUGAGCCACCAAAGGGUGCACGGUACACUGUUACAGGAUUCGUGCGUCGGGCGGGCACGUCGGUCAAAGAAAAGGUCACGUCAAUAAAGAAGGAUUUCGGGAGAAAAGGGAAGAGCACAGACAAGGAUGGACCUUCCACGUCAGCUGGGGCCAACAACAACAAA